AUGCGCCUGAGCUAUACCUCGAACCACAUCACUGACACUGUCCUGGUUGACGACUCAGGGCGCCAGCUGUACUCUACCUCUUCGAGCACCUUUGGAGGCAAGACCGAGGUGAAGAAGGUCGAACAAAUGUGGUGCUCUAACUUGGCCACCUUCCAUUUCACUUGCGUACUGCCGGAUACCGUCACGAUGAACGGCAAGGAUUGUCCCGUGAAGACAUACAUAGCCAAACCUUCGUGGUACUCUCGGCGCCGAGUCUUCACAUCCGCGAACGGCAAUACGUACGAGUGGAUAGCAAAGGGGCUAAGUGGAUGGAUACUAUGCUUGCCAGACGGCACCGAAGUUGGCCGCUCUCACUCCCGCUCGUUUGGACUGCUUGGAACCAGACACACUCCAUACCUCGAGUUCAACGACGACCCCACGAUCUUGAGCGAUCUCGAUGAGCUGGUCGCGACUUUCGUAUAUGUGCAGAUAAGGCGGGAGAAGGAUGAGAGGGCGAGCGCAUCUGCACCUGUGGCCACCGGCUAG